GAGGAGUAAGGCGUGGUGUGGCGUGGCGUCAAUGAUGUCCUAGGAGCCCGCCUCAAUGCGGCAGGCGAGUGAGUGAGUGAGUGAGUGAGUGAGUGAGCGGCCCGGGGACCAUUUACUUACUUACUUACUUACUUACUGUAUAGUACAGAGUGCCUAGGUACGGUAGGUAGGUAGGUAGGUACUAGAUACUGGAUGACGGUGAUCGACAGACUGCCAGGCAGCGGCAGGAAGGAUAAAGAUAAUCAGGAUGAUGAAAAUGAUAAUAAAAAGAAAGAAAGAAAGAAAAGAAAAGAAAAGAAAAGUGAAAGGAAGCCGGAGGACGGAAGACAGAAGACGGAAGACAUGAUGAUUCUCUCUGUUUUGUGUUCCGUUAGUUACUCCCUGCGUUGCGUUCCCGAGUCCGAGCCUGAGAGCCUGAGCCUGGAAGCGGAUUCCAUUUCCAGACCCAGACGACUGCCUGCCUGCCUGAAUGUUCCCCGUUCGUUCGUUCCCCGUUCCCCGACCUCCUCCUCCUUCUUCUUCUUCUUCUUCUUCUUGUUCACGUCCCCGAUCCCGCCUGUUUAUCGCUUUUUUCUUUUUUUUUCUUUGCUUCUUUUCUUUUUCUCUUUCUUUAUUGUGUCCCCCCCCCCCCUCUCGGGCUCCAUUCUUCCCCUCUUUAGUGUUCAUCUAGUCUCUUCUCGGGCAGUGAUUACACUCAUCUCUCUCGGAUAUCCCCGGCCUCUCUCUCUCUCUCUCUCUUUUCUCCUCCAGGGACCCAACUAGUCUCAAGAUUGCGCAGGGCGGAAAAUAAAUAAAAUAAAAAACUAUGGUAGCGGUGGGGAAGUGAAGCAUGAAGCAUGAAGCAUGCAUGCAUGGCAUGGC